ACAGCUUUAGUGAGGCAGAUGAAACACGGGCAGAUGAAACACGGCAGAAGAGACGAAAACACGGAGUUUCUCAGAGAGGAAGUAACUCCCAUUACUUUGAUCUGGAGGGACAACGUGACCAGAAUAUAACUGGAACAUGUCAACUGUCCAGGAGGGAAACAACUCUCCUCUGCUACAAUCACUACUUCCAAUCUCUUGAAGCACCUACUAAAGCAACAAGACAAGACUCGUAGCGAAAACCCCCAGAGGCCCGACCACUGAAGAUGACUGUAGGCCUACCUCACCCAAACAACCAAGGCUUGAUUUGAAUCGUUCAGGAGGACAGGCUGUAUUCCAGCGAGAGAUUAACCUGUUUAUAGCUGGGUGUUAUCGAGACUGCUACAUAAGGAGACGCAACUGACACGAUAACAGAAACACGUCCCUCGCUCUACUGCUGCGGUCAAAACAAAACUGACUGCAGUUGGUCCGGCGGAUGAUGAAAGAGGAGAGGUUUGAUAAUCCCAUUUACAGCAGCUGCAAUGGUCCAACGGGCUUCACCGAAGUAGACCGGGAAUCCUUACCGACACCGUGCAACCGAACUCACCUCUCAGGUUCUACAUGCUUAAGAAGACACCACAUACUACUGCUGUGUGUGAUCGUAGUGGGGUGUACUGUGGCUGUCAUAAGUCUGUUUGCCCAGAAACACAAUGAAAUUGCACAGAGACAGCAGUCAAAUAAUGAAACCUGUUUGGCAGAGAGAGAAGAGAUCAAGUCUCUGAAAUCAGAGAACUACCGCGUUCUACUAAAUAUGAUUUUAAAGCAGGAAGGAUGGAAGCAUAUAAACUCCAGUCUGUACUACAUCUCUACUGAGAUGAAGUCCUGGGAUGAGAGCAGACCUUACUGCCAAAGGAAGGGAUUGGACCUGGUGACCAUAAACAGCGAAGAGGAACAGGCCUUUCUCCUUGAAGUGGUCAGUGCAAAGAAAUUGGAGGGAGUCUGGAUUGAUUUGUCUCCUAGCAACACAAAGGAGACGUCAACACGGGUGAAGAGAGGUGUGGGGUCAGAAUCCACAAUGUGAUAAUCCCCUGUUCCUUCUCAUAGGGUGAAGAGAGGUGUGGGUCAGAAUCCACAAUGUGAUAAUCCCCUGUUCCUUCUCAUAGGGUGAAGAGAGGUGUGGGUCAGAAUCCACAAUCUGAUAAUCCCCUGUUCCUUCUCAUAGGGUGAAGAGAGGUGUGGGUCAGAAUCCACAAUCUGAUAAUCCCCUGUUCCUUCUCAUAGGGUGAAGAGAGGUGUGGGUCAGAAUCCACAAUGUGAUAAUCCCCUGUUCCUUCUCAUAGGGUGAAGAGAGGUGUGGGUCAGAAUCCACAAUCUGAUAAUCCCCUGUUCCUUCUCAUAGGGUGAAGAGAGGUGUGGGUCAGAAUCCACAAUGUGAUAAUUCCCUGUUCCUUCUCAUAGGGUGAAGAGAGGUGUGGGUCAGAAUCCACAAUGUGAUAAUUCCCUGUUCCUUCUCAUAGGGUGAAGAGAGGUGUGGGGUCAGAAGGCGGUCAGGAAGAGGACUGUGCUAAGCUUACGGUCUAUGAGACACCUGCAGUGAAAGAAGUAACUGGUCGACAAUGUGGCACACAAAAAUACUGUAUUUGUGAAAAAUACCUGAUGUCAAAUACCAUGUAAGCAAGAGAAAACGUUAACUUGUUCUUGUGAAAGGAUUAUACUUGGUUUUAAUGGAGGGAACAACUGCUAGAUUCAACUCUUCUUGCUGUGACAUCCCACAAACACCUAGUUGGAUCAGCCAUUUCACCCCCUCCAUGUUGUUUCAACUGUGCUCUUGCUUCGUGCACCGUCUCCUCAGUCACCUAGGUGAUGGAGUGGAACCCCCCUCAUUUUCCAAGAAGCAGCUUUUAGUCAUUCCAGUUAGCCUGGUGAGGGUUUUAACCUGAAAUACACAUCUGCACCGUAUAGUAAGAAAAGUUAAAAGGGGAGUUUUCUGUGGUUGGGACCCCACUGCAUUGUUCCAAUACGCAAAAGCACUUUCAGUCAAUAAGCUUUCUCAGUGUGAGAGCCUCGAUUUUAGCCAGCCAGUUUUCAACUGAAGUCAAUGGGCAGAUUGAUUAAAAACAUAUAUUUUUUUUAAGCAAACAUAAAUAUUUCACAUGAAUUUCACGUAAAAACAACAUUUAGUAAAACAUUGUGUUUAGAUGAGGGGGCUGAUUGUCCUUCAGAAACUCAAGUCAAUGGUAAAGGAGUGACAGGUUACACAGCUUAUAUGUCCUACAGCCACUCUCAAGUAAUUGGUAAAGGAGUGACAGGUUACACAGCUCCUGAAGGACAAUCAGCCUCCAUCCAUACACAAUGUUUGGCUAAAUGUUGUUUUUUGUUUACAUGAAAUGUAAAAAAAUAUAUAUAUAUUUUUAAUCAAUCUGCCCAUUGACUUCUGUUGAAAACUAUUUAACUAGCUAAAUCUGGCACACAAACUGCAAUGUUGAUUCAUGUUAAAUUAAAUUAAAUGUAGUUCGUGUUACAAGGGUAGGAAACCCUGGUGGGUUGGAUUUAGCCAAUCACAGGGCUAAGAUAUAUUUUAUGAGUCCCUGUUAUAUUCCAGGCACAGGGUUACCUACCCCUGUUCUAUGUACAGAAGAGAAUGUGCAAUAUUAUAAAGGAAUACCAGUUUUAUUUUUAUAUUUUUCAUAUUGUAAAUAAAAAUCCUUUAUUCUAA